AUGGACGGACAGACGGGUGGCGAGAGGGCAGAGCGCGGUGACGCCGCGGUGGCCGCCACCACGGAGAGGACGCAGGACCCCCCCCUGGGCCCCCCGUGCCCCUUUGAGGGGGCGGCCUGGCCCCCCCGGCCCCCCCAGGGUCCCCCCCAGGGCUGCUUCGCCUGCAUCGCCAAGCCCCCGGCUCUCCGGCAGGCAUCCCCCGUCCUGUCCCCUUCGUCCGCCGCGCAGCUGAUGGAGAGCAAGGGCUGCAAAGGGGACAGCCUGCGGCCGGCGGUCCCGUGCAAGCACUCAGUGGAGAAGAAGACCAUGACCAACCCCACCACCGUCAUCGAGAUCUACCCGGACACCACCGAGGUCAACGACUACUAUCUCUGGUCCAUCUUCAACUUUGUGUACCUCAACUUCUGCUGCCUCGGCUUCAUCGCCCUGGCCUAUUCGCUCAAAGUCCGGGAUAAGAAGCUCCUCAAUGACUUAAACGGGGCAGUGGAAGAUGCCAAGACUGCCCGGCUUUUUAACAUCACCAGCUCAGCCCUCGCCACCUUCUGCAUCAUCCUCAUCUUCAUCUUCCUGCGGUACCCCCUCACCGACUACUAGCGCCAGGCCAGCAGCAGCGGCCG